AUGUCACAGCCACAAGAAGAAAAAAAUUCGGAAAACAGUCCAACCACCCUAUCGCAGCCACCACCACACGCCCCAAUAUUAUAUGAUAGACCAAAAGCAACUACUUUGACACCAGAACAAGUUGUAAUAUAUGAGGAAUUUCCGGAAAUACUGACAAAGAGCAAAGAGGACCUAGAAGAUCUUCUUAACAAUGAUAUAUUUUUUGAAUCUUUCUUUGUGAGCAUUGAACAAAUCCAUAACACAAUAGCUGUUCAGAAUGAAAUGCGGAUGGGAAAUGAAACGUUAGCAAAAGAAACUUUGUUGCAAGAAAAUGAGUUAAAUCAAUUACGGCAGCGUGUUCAAGAACAAGAAAAUGCACUCCUCGAACUAAAUUCAACCCUUCAAGAAAAACUCAAACUUCAAGAAAAUGCUUUACAGCGCUUUUCACCUUCAGUUUUGUUGACAAAACUUAAAGCCGGUGUUCAACAGUCUGAUGAAUUGUCUGAGCAAAUGGCAAACUCAUUUUUGAGUGAACAAGAUGGAACAGAGCUAAAAAAGCUUGGGACAUAG